UGUACAUAAUUGUCAAAUGAAAUAUUCCAAUAACUUUGUGUAAAGGGUAAAAUAAAACGAAUUCCUCAUUUCAGGAAACUGUUAUGUUUUCUAAAUUAUUAUUUAUUUUCCUAAUAUAAAAUAAGCUACACUUCCAAAAAGCUUCCUUACAAAAACUUUGCAGUGUCGGUCGUAAUUAUUAUAAGAGGAUGCCAAUCAUAAAGGAUUUGUGUAGAUUGUGUGCUACUCAGGAUGAAUUCUCCAAAGAUUUGUUAGAUGAAAGUAACAGAAAUGUUUUAAACCUUAUAGAAGAUUUCCUGCGGAUAAUAAUUUGUGAGAACGAUACUCUACCAACAAAAAUUUGCUUAAAUUGUGAAGAAAAAAUGGUGUCUCUUCAACUUUUCAUAUUAGAAUGCAACAAAACACAAGAAGCAUUAUCGAGUAUGCUCAUGGAUUUGGAAACCAGUGAAUUAGAUGAAAAAAAAGAUGAUAUUCUUUUGACAGUCACAGAUGUCCAUAUCAAAUCUGAGGUCAAAGAUGAGAAUGCUGACUAUACAAUAAAUACAGCAGUCCCAGACUUACUUGCUUAUCAAAAAAGUGAAGAGUUAUGUGAUUAUCAAAGCAAUGACAUUAGUUGUGGUGAUGAUGAUGAUGAAGACGCAUAUUCAGAUGAUAAUAUUACAAUUGCAUCUUUGAAACUUCUCACUAAGAAGGAAUUAAAAAAGAAAAUACCUACAGAAGAAGACACUAGAAAUAUGAAGGAAAUUUUGAGAAAGGAUAAUUUGAAAAUAAAAGAUUUAGUUAAAUUAGAAUGUGUUUUUUGUGAGGAACAAAAAAUGCAGACUUGGAGUAUGUUACAAUACCAUUACGCAAAAGUACAUCAUUGUAAGCCAGUUGUAUAUUGUUUAUGCGGCCUAGAAAUAAAAUCUAAAUCAGUGCUUUACAAACAUUUAUCUGAUCAUAAAAUAGAAAGUCGAAAGUUAAGGAAGGCCGAAAAUGGUCAUAGCACCGAAAGUGGGAAAGACAGUGAGCAGUAUCCCAAGCAAAAAGUCAGUGACUUUGUGAAUUUCACCUGUGUCGACUGCCACAAGAAAUGUUCCAGUUGGUAUAGUUUAAAAUCUCAUUGUAUAGCGGCUCAUAAAACAUUGCCCGUCGUCAAAUGUGUUUGUGGGAUAGUGCUUAAGUCCAAAUCCAUAAUGUAUAAACAUGUAAAUGAUCACAGAAAUCCCAAUAUGUUUUCAUGUGAUAAAUGCCCGAGAAUAACAAAAACGUUAUCGGCCAUGAACAAACACAAAUUCAAGCAUAUUCCGAAAGCGGAUAGAAAGUAUCCCUGUUCUUCGUGCGAGAAAACGUUUAAAACAAAAGAAACAUUAAAAUCACACGAAAGAUCCCACAUACCUGUACAGGAAAGAAAGAUAUUCAAUUGUGAAGUUUGUAAUAUGAAGUUCACGACUCGUUCGUCUGUGGUCUCCCACAAGCGCGUCGUUCACGACAAGAUCAAGGCGUACGUGUGCGACCUGUGCGGGUACGCGUGCGGCACCAACGGGGAGCUGCGGCAACAUCGCGCCAUACACAGCGACGACAAGCCGUUCGUGUGCGAUAAAUGCGAUAAAACUUUCAAAACGUAUUCAAACCUGAAGACUCACAUGGACAUCCACGAGGACACGUCGUACGAAUGUUUCAUUUGUCGACGCGUGCUAAACAGUCGCCGGACGCUACGUAAACACUUGCUGGUCCACGAAGACAAGUGCCGGCACGUUUGCUCGUAUUGCAACAAAGCGUUUAAGCGAAGGCAAACUUUGAAGGUUCACAUGUACACCCACACUGGCGUCAAGCCCUUGACGUGCAAGCUGUGCGACGAGCGGUUCGCCUACGCGUCGACGCUGCGCUCACAUCGCAUGCGCUGCCACCCGGAGCUCAUGGUACCCGACGGACGCGCUGCUUACCCAGCCGCCAACUACAACCACGUGCCUGUCUCCAAUAAUUACAUAAAAAACGAUAUGGCUCCGGCGAAUCCUGUAGCUAAAAACGAAGUGGAAGCAUUGUAGGAAAUAUUUCUUAAUAGAUGUCAUAAGUACGUCACGAUCAUCACAAAUAAUGCAAGCUUACAAACAACAUGUAAAUUAUUUGAAAAAUAAAACUUUUCAUCGUUAAUUGUAUUAAAUAUCGGAUCAUUUAUGGAUUGGUUUUAUUGUUCUCCAAUUUUAUUAUCAGUUCAAUAUUUUUAAAUAUUAAGCUUUAUAUUACGGGUUAAAGUAUGAAAUUGCCAAUUUGUACUGAAAAUUUGAGGUUCGUUUUU